GCGGAUGCGAGCGUUUGGUCUGACGCCGGAAUCCAGACCACCGUCGCCAUAAAUUAACUCGGCAGAUUCUUUUUGCGACAAUGAUUGCGGACGGUAAGUUUUUGUUAAGUACUACACCAAACCUCUGUGUGAAUAAUUGAACUGCUGCAAAGUGGUUAGACUGCAAAGUAGGACUAGUGAGACCGGAAAUGCGAGACCGGAAACUCUCUCAAUCUCUGCGAUUGCUCCGACGACAGUCCGCGACACGGCUCGGAGCGCCUCAGAGCGCUCGACGCGGGAGGAGAGCGAUUGUAAAGAACCAGCCGAACGCAAGGCACGCACCCUCUUUCCACCAGCCGAAGACAACGCCGCUCGCGAGAGCGCUCCGAUACGACCAGUCGAAUAUACCAUAAAAUAGCAGGAUUACAGCACGUGAUAAAGGCACAAAAGCCUCUCCGCUCUCGUGCGAGCGCAGGAUCACCAUGCCGGACCCCGAACAAAGGCGGGUGCACCGUUUUCGCGACCACGUCGUCGCAGGCGUCAACUGGCGACCGACGCGGUUUGUCGACGUGGUGCCCAGUUCACGUGUUUGCUGCCUCUGCCACAUGAUUCCGAAGCGAACGCUAGUGCUGCCGUGCUCGCAUAUUCUGUGCCAACCCUGCCACGCAGCUAUUUCCCAAGGCGGUGGUGGACUGUGCCCCUUAGAUCAAGAGCCAUUCGAGCAAGCGGAAUGUCAUGGUGUUGACUUUCCUGCCAGGAAAGCUAGCAGCUUGAAGGUUUACUGCUGGAACGAAGAACACGGCUGCGAGUUCACGGGCCCCAUGGAAGCUCUGCUGCGGCACUACGAGAUGGUAUGCACAUUCCACACCGUGGAAUGCUUAAGGUGCGGCGAGCGAGUCCUGCACCAAGACCUGCCAAUGCACCACGUGACCGCAUGCAGUGCCGACGCUUCUUCCGCGGUCACCGAGAACUCGCCCUCGGAACCUGCAGCACUGACACUUCAGGACUUGAGCAGCGCCCAGGAAGAUUUGAAGGCGCUUUUGAAGGACCUGUUUCAUGACAAUCUGCUGCCAGCUGUUCAGAGUCAGAUGAACGAGCUCACCGAACACGCUAGGAGCCAGGAAGCCAGACUGGCUCGGAUCACUAGCGAGCUCAGGGCUUCUGAGCACAACUUAAAGGUCGAGAUGGUUGAUAUCAAGCGCUCCAUCAUCUCGGAAGUGUCACGCCUGCGAAGUUCGGCGCCCGAAACUAGCGCGUCGUCCUCCCUACCAUCGCGCUCCGAGAAGGCGCUGAUGCUUCGCAAGUUGGAGCACGUCGCCAACCUGUCGCUCAGCGCCCUAGGACAUUUGCGGCAAUACGCACCCCACCAGGGUCGUAGCCCAGUCAUUGCUUAUUGCCAUUCUGUCCUCGCUUCAGGCAACGAAGAUCUGCGCCUGACCAGUGCAUUGUCCACUUCACUUUGGUUAAGCGAGGCACUUAAGAACAUGAGGUACGUCCUGACCAUAGAAAACGCCGAGCAAAUUUUUAAGUGCGAGGAGACGAAGAGAACGUUUGCCGAGUUGACUUUGUUCCACACGAGGGACACGUAUUUCACAAUUGCCGUCACUAACCGUACAUACAACGGAUCAUCCUGUCUCGCGCUGGAGAUUCAGUUCAACGGGCUGCUGGAGGAGUCUCGGUUUGUGCCUCUUAACUUGAACUUGAACGUGCAGGUGUUGGCGGCGAACGCGACGGAGGGUCGUUACAUGCAUUCCUUUGUCAGACGGUGUUUCUGCGCGAGCAAUCUCGACUCGCUGAAGCAUAUUCACCGCGUGUUCUGGAUGGCGUCAGAUCCCCUCGUAAACGACGGCUAUCUUCGAGACGGAAAGAUGACAUUCGACAUUGAGCUAGAAGAGAUGAAGGACGCGAGAGGAGAGCACGAAGCGCUUUUUGCUGCUCUGCGUGGUUGGCAGCAAAGAGUGCUUAACGCCGCUUGACGCGUUUGGGAUCUCAGGUUUCGGAAGUAUCUAACCCUGUUGUGUUUUUUCGGAGGUGAUGAAAUUUAUCGUGUGCUUCAUAUACACUUUUAUUUACUUGCUUCUUCAUUUGUUCCAAAUUAUGUAUUUUUUGUGGUUAUCUGCUCGGUGACAUUCUUAUUAUGCUAAUACGCGUGCUCCCAACCUGCAGAUAUUAGACAGCUUUAGCAGAGCGCCGCUUACGCUCCACUCCGCUCCGAUUUCACGCUCUGAGAUACUGCAGGGAACUGCGUAGAUUUCGCAUUUCAUAAGCGCUAUCAACUCGGCUGCAAAACGACGAAGAGGGCAAGUAGACAGGCUGUCACGCUCCUCUCCGUAGGCUUUGUAGCGGAGCGAGCGAUGCGGUAUUCGUUCCGCUGCCGGUAUGAGCGUCGUGGGCAAGCGCAAUAGCGUUCCCGCUAAGCGGUUGUGUGGCAUUUGGGCAUAUAUGCCGGUCUUAGCGGAGCGGACAGCAAGCGCUCAGCUAAAACACUCUAUUAACCAUCGAAGCCUCCUCCAGCAUAUUUCCGUAUUAUUGCUUUGAGAUUGCUGUGCAGAUGGCACGAGCAUGUAGGAGCAAUCAAGUUGUCACUAAGACGAAGACUUGAUGUGUAAUAAGCUAUGGUUUUUUUCACAAAAUGGGGUGCAAUUCAGCGAAAGCUGCUGUGAUUAUUGGCCGAAACUAUAGGUUGUCGCGUGUUCCAUCCGAUGUACCCAAAAUUCGCGUAUCAGGCAUUAGUGCGACCUGAAGUCAAGUUUGCUGCUCCAAUUUGGUCAUCGCACCAGGCAUACCUAAUCGACAUUCUCGGGUUGAUCCAAAACCGCGCUGCACGUGUCAUUACAACCCAUGUCUGAGCCUAAAUAAUUAACCGGCUAUUGUCCCUACCAUCCUUAGAAUCGGGCCGCAAUGCAGCGUUGCUUUGUCCACUACACAAGCGCGUGGAAGUACCGAUGGCUGGCAGAAUACAACAAGAGAACGUGGUGGUGCCCCAGUCCUCGCUUGGGCCUGGCGUUGUAAACCUGUCAACGAGGAGCUUGAGGUGUUGCUAGUGAUGUACUUGACUACAGGCUCUCAGUGUAACGAAGAUUACGUCAAUAAACGAUCACUUU